UGACGAACAAAGAGUGAUAGUUAUAAUAAUCUCUACACACGGAGACGAAGAUGGGAGAGUGUACGCCGCUUCGUAGCCUUUAUUUAUUCUUCUCCUUAAUGGAAAUUGAUGACUUCCCUCUUUCCAAUUUCAGUUUCCAAUUCAAUCGGACAAGAAGCUGGAUGGAUCGAUUCAGCUGCGAAUUUGAUUCAUGAGCAAUGCAGAGAUCUCGUAGAGCUCUUCUGCAAAGAAGAGCUGCAUUGGAAAAGAAUGUCAUUGCCGGGAGAAAAUGCCUAUACAAGGUGUCUUUGUCUGUGGUUUUCCUUUCAUGGGUUCUCCUUUUCCUCCUGAGUUCCUUGUUCAGCAAUGGCAAUGGAUAUAUAGAUGGACUUGGUUCUUUGGUUGGUGCAUCUGUCUGGCAUGAAGCUCCAUCAGAUCCAGAUGAUGGUUCAAAUUCUUCAGAUUCUGAGGAUACAUUGGCACCGUCAGAUGCCAAUUCCCAUAACAAUGUUCAGAACGGCCCUAUUUCGGAGAGUGAGGCUGUUGGGAGUAGCAUAGAAGUUUCUGUUAGCGAAGAGGAUAGAGUAAAUCUAUCAACUAUUGGAAAAGAGCAUGUAGCUGAGGCAGUCUCUGAAUCAGACAUAAAGGUGAACAAGGAAGCUCUACUUAAAAAUGACAGAUUAUCCCGUAUUGCUCCUCCUGGUCUUGAUGAGUUUAAAAGUAAAGCAGUCCCUGCAAAGGAGAAGCCCAUUUCCGCACAAGCAGGCAGUGUCAUUCACAAAGUGGAACCUGGUGGGAAGGAGUAUAAUUAUGCUUCUGCUACUAAGGGUGCCAAGGUCUUAGCUUUUAAUAAGGAAGCUAAAGGUGCUUCCAGCAUCUUAGACAAAGAUAAGGACAGGUACCUCCGAAAUCCCUGCUCUGCUGAGGAGAAAUAUGUUGUUAUAGAGCUUUCAGAAGAAACUUUAGUAGAUACUAUUGAGAUGGCAAAUUUUGAACACUACUCUUCUAAUUUAAAAGAUUUUGAAUUGCUGAGUAGUUUAGUUUAUCCAACAGACAACUGGGUCAAACUUGGUAAUUUUUCUGCUGCAAACGUGAAACAUGCCCAGAGGUUUACUCUUCCAGAGCCGAAGUGGGUGAGGUAUCUAAAACUCAAUUUGCUCAGUCAUUAUGGUUCAGAAUUCUACUGUACACUAAGUGUAGUGGAGGUGUAUGGAGUGGAUGCUGUUGAGAGGAUGCUGGAGGAUUUGAUCGCUGUUGAGAAUAAACGAUCGGAACCUGAAGAACAUAAGGUUGAACAAAAACCACUGCAAGAACCAACUGAUACAGAUGACACCUACCAGAGGCUUGUUACAGAAACUGAUGAUGAAACAAAACCUGAAAACCCAAAGACAAAACAUGAGUCAUCAAAACAUAGUGUGCCUGAUCCAGUUGCAGAGACAAGGCCAACACAAGUUGGAAGGAUACCUGGAGAUGUUGUUCUCAAGGUACUAAUGCAGAAAGUCCAGUCUCUUGAUGUGAAUUUUUCUGUUUUGGAGCGGUAUCUGGAGGAGUUGAACAGCAGAUAUGGGCACAUAUUUAAAGACUUUGAUGAUGAUAUUACUGCAAAAGAUCUGCUUCUGAAGAAAAUCAAACUAGAGAUAAAGAAUCUUCAAAAUACCAACAAUGUUUUUGUUAGUGAUAUUGGAGAGCUGCUCUCAUGGAAAAUCCUUGUUUCCUUGCAGUUGGACCAGUUGGUCAAAGAUAAUACAAUACUCAGAUCGGAGGUUAAAAGGGUUCAAGACCAUCAGUUUGACAUGGAGAACAGGGGUCUUGCGGUGAUAUUUAUAAGUUUAGUCUUCGGGUGUUUAGCAGCUGCAAGGCUGGUUAUCAGUAUUCUCUUGAGCUUCUGUAAAUUACAAAAUUCUGAAAAGUUUUGUAGCACAAACUCUGCUUGGCUCACGUUGCUGCUGAGCAGUAGCAUUGUAGCUUCCAUCCUGGUGUUAUGACACUUGUAUGCGCUAAAUUUUCCUAUUUUUGCGGCAAAGAUUUUACUGCAUUAUGAGGUUUCCACA